AUGCACUUAAAGGGCUCCCCUCCUGAGCAAGUGUCUGCAGCACUGCAGGCUGUUCCGGAUGGUGAGAAGUUUGCCAAGUACUGGAUCUGUCAAGCCCGCCUGCUGGAAAUCACUGGCCCAAUGGAGGCUGUCAUAGCUCUGUUUGAGCAGGCAGUUCACAAUGGGGCAGAGCCUGUUGAAGAGUUGCGAUCUGCACUUGUCGAAACCCUCGUGAAGAAUGCAAACACUCGACCAGCUUGUGCAGAAAAUGAUAAUGAAACUGGAGGUUCUGAAACAGACGAGUUCAGAGAAUCAGUUGCCACGGUCACACCACACACAACAGCAAUGAGGGUUUUAUGUGAGAAAGCAGAUGGCCAUGGUUCAUCUGUGGUCAAAUACAGAGUCACUGCAACACCUCAAGUACACCGAGGGAAAGAAGCUGCAGACCGAAUCCGGUCAGUUGGUAAACAAGACGUGAAGUUCCUCACCCCGGUUCGCCGAUCUGUACGCAUUGAACACGCGUCUGCUUCCUAUCCUGAGAUGCUGAAAGAGCAUGACUGCUGUGUAACCUCGCUGAAUGAGCUCCUCGCUGUGGAAGAGACCGAAACAUUUGUUUAUCAAGAAAACCAGGCUUUGCUGAAAGAAUGAACAAGAUUUAAAGGACUUGUAUAUGCACUUACAGCAUUUCCAGCCUUCUGUUAUAAAUAAGCUUUUUAUAACUACUAAGAAUUAAUAAUGUACAGAAUAAACUUAUUUUAGUCAUUUAAAAUUGUAAAACUUGGCUAUAUCCAUAUCUCUAACAUCCCAUGUAUAUUGUUAACAAACACUAUCAUUCAACAAAUGCAAAUUCUGAUCUGUUGGAAAGAUUUUUUUUGCUGUAAUAUUAAUCUUGCACUCCAACAAUAAAAGUCUUUCUGCCUGUA